CAUGACCUCUCCCUGUCGGCCCCGCCCCGCACCUCCAGCCCCGCCCCUUCCACUGGAAGCCCCGCCCUCUGCUCCGCCCCGGGAGGCCCCUCCCCCUCCUCCGCCCUGGGGGGCGUGGCCGCGGGAGGCCCCGCCUCCCCUCAUUGUGGAGGAGGGGGCGUGGCCUCCGAGGGCGUGUCCGGAGGUGGGGGCGGGGCCGGAGGGGAGGGGGCGGGGCCUGACCCGGCGCUGGAGCGGCGCCUCCUGCUGCUGCUGUCGGACCUGGCCCUGCCCCUCCCCCGCGACGCCGCCGCCCUCUGCGCCGCCCUCCAGCAGGGCUCGGCCCCCGCCCCGUCCCCGGCGUCGGUGGAGAGCCUCCUGCAGAAGUUCGCGGCGCAGGAGCUGAUCGAGGUGCGCCGGGGGCUCCUCCCCGACGGCCCCACCCUGGUCACCUUCGCUGACCACGCCAAGCUGGCCGCCAUGACCGGCCUGGUGGGCGGGGCCUCCCCCUCUUCCAACAAGCGCCACGCCCGCCCCGAGGAGGAAGGGGAAGGGGGCGGGGCCGGCGGGGAAGGGGGCGGGGCCGCGGGGGAGGGGAAGGAGGCGAAAAGAUGGCGCCGGGCGACGGCGGCGUCGUCCGACGUGGACCUGGAGAUCGAGAGCCUGCUGAGCCAGCAGAGCACCAAGGAGCAGCAGAGCAAGAAGGUGAGCCAGGAGAUCCUGGAGCUGCUCAACACGACGACGGCCAAGGAGCAGUCAAUCGUGGAGAAGUUCCGCUCGCGGGGGCGGGCGCAGGUGCAGGAGUUCUGCGACCACGGCACCAAGGAGGAAUGCGUCAAGGCCUCAGGUGCCGAGCGGCCCUGCCGGAAGCUCCACUUCCGGCGGAUCAUCAACAAGCACACGGACGAGUCUCUGGGCGACUGCUCCUUCCUCAACACCUGCUUCCACAUGGACACCUGCAAGUACGUCCACUACGAGAUCGACGCCUGCGCCGCCUCCUCGCCGCCGCUCAGCCCGGCCCGCGCCCGGCCCCGCGACCGCAGCCCCCCGCCCGACCUGCCCCGCGGGCCCCCCGCCGACGCCGGCGCCGACCGCCUCUUCCCCCCGCAG